CAGUAAGGUCCUUAAUUGUUACCCAGAAAUGAUUAUAUGUUAAUAUUAUAUGGCUCUAUUGGACCUUUAAAAUGUGAAUGCAUUGAUACAGCCGUCUCUGUUUACAACAACAAUAGUUGGUUUGCUUUUCUUUCAGACCUCAAUUAAGCAAUGCCAGGGAUUCCACCAGCUGCUGCUCCAUGCUGUGUAGGAAGAGAACCAUAAUACAGGAAGUUCUGCUCCUUAAAUAACAACAACACACCAACAACUAGCAUGUUGCCUCCACACAGAGCAGACGCCCUGCCAGAGCCCUCUCCAUCUGCCUCUGCCUCUCCCUCUCCCUCUCCCUCUCCCUCUCCCAGCCUGAGGAGGGUCCAGGUUCAAUGGGCCUUGUACCUCUCCCUGGCCCUCCUCUGGUACCCGUCUGGGGCAGUAGCCUCAACCCUCAACUGCCACAAGACCUGCAUCUGUGCCAGUAACAUCGUGAGCUGUUCCAAGAUGAACCUGACCAUGGUGCCCACUGGCCUGCCUCUCUACACGGCCGUCCUGGACCUCAGCUACAACGACGUCUCCCGGCUGAGGGCUGAGUGGACCACGGUGAAACUCAUCAAACUCCACAACCUCCUACUCAGUCACAACGGCCUUCACUUCCUCUCCUCCGAGGCCUUUGUCUACGUCAAACACCUGCGCUACCUGGACCUGUCCUCCAACGACCUGCGACAGCUGGACGAGUUCAUCUUCGAACCGUUGGGGCAGCUGGAGGUGCUGUUGCUGUACAACAACCGUAUAUCUCAGAUUGACCGCUCAGCCUUCCAGGGUCUCCACAGCCUGCAGAAACUCUACCUGUCCCAGAACAUGAUCUCACGCUUCCCCCUGGAACUGGUCAAGGACAAGACCCGCCUGGAGAAACUCAGCCUGAUGGACAUCUCCUCCAACAGGAUCAAGGUCCCCCCCAUCGAGGAGCUGCAGGUGCUGCCUGCCUGGAUAAAGAACGGCCUCUACUUCCACAACAACCCUCUGGUCUGUGACUGUAGCCUAUAUAGUCUCCUGGCCCACUGGCACAUCCGCCGGCUCAACUCAGCCCUGGACUUUAAAGAUGAGUACAGCUGCUAUCUCCCCGGGUCCCAGAAAAGCAGGGUGGGGGUCUUCGACCUGAACAGAGACUACAUGAACUGUAGUACGUUCUACGAGGCGGACGAGGAAGCUUGGCUGGAACAGACGCUGAUCUUGCGCUGUGAUACUAAACACAGAGAUCUGUCUAAGACCUGGGUGAUGCCUGGCGAUGUAGUGGUGAUGGAAGGCCUUAACCAGACAGCCAAGGUGCUUCCUGACGGUAGUCUCCAGAUCGGCCCGGUGAAGUCGGAGGACUCGGGGACGUACACAUGCUACGCUGUGAGCGAAGCCCUCAACGAGACGCUCUACGUGCUGCUCAAGGUGCAUAACUUCACGGAGAACGGCAACGGCGAAUCCCUGAACACGGCCUACACCACCCUGGUGGGCUGCCUGACCAGCGUGGUCCUAGUGCUCAUCUACCUGUACCUGACCCCCUGCCGAUGCUUCUGCUGCCCCAAGAAGAACCACGAGGACUCCAUCCACUCCUCCAUGCUCAGCGCCACACCCAGCCAUGAGGACCUGGUCAACAACACUGACCCAAGGCACGUGGCCUUCAUCGACCCCAAGGAGCUGGGACAGGGGCUGAACGGGAAGGUGAACCCCAACGAUGGGGAGGGGGACCAGGGAGAGAUGGAUGAGGAGGGAGGGUUACUGGGGAAGGGAAGGAGGAAGAAGUCUGUGGCUGAGUCUAUUAGUUCUGUCUUCUCUGACACCCCCAUAGUGGUCUGAGAUGGUACGGACCGUCGAUAUGGGAUGUACACCGUGACAUGAUUGGAUGGAUCAGGGAUGUACGUGGUGUGAUUGGAUGAAACUGUGACUACUUCCUUGGACAGAAAGCCAAUCACAGUUCACUAAAUCGACCAAUCAGAAGCUUCAGGGGAGUGUCAAACACAUUGCCUUGGUAUUAACAAGGACAACUGACAAUAAACAGGACCUUUCCCCAGCAUUUGAUCUGUAGCACUUAAAAUAUACAUACUGUGAAAGCCUGACAGAGGAGUCCCACUGGGCACACACUGGUUGAAUCAACGUUGUUUACGCGUCAUUUCAAUGAAAUGACUUUGAACCAAUGUGGACUAGACGUGGAAUUGACGUCUGUGCCCAGUGGAGUGUAAGAGGACACUAUUCCUUCCUGUGGCACAGUAACGGUGGAUAUCAUGUUGGACGGUAGCAGUACUCAGGAAGACAUUGAUUGGUGGAGGACAGAAAAUAUGAGAUUGUGAGCCAUUUUAAACAUUGAGAUGAAAAAAAGAUUGAGAUGAAUAAAGUUUGGAAAAGAACAUAGUUCGUACAUAUAUAUAUAUAUAUAUAUAUAGUCAAGUCAUGAGCAUGAACCUUGUAGACUGACUCAUAUUUCUAUUUACUAAUAGGAGUAGACUAGCGUGAGUCUUCUGUAGACUUUAAUACAUACAGAACGUACAUACGGUAGCUAUACACAUAGAAAUAGAAUGACUUUAUAUUACUUCCUGGCAUGGGUACAUUCAUUAUGGCCACCGGGCCACCCAUCACAGAACAAUGACUUGGAUGGGAAUGUCUGUUCUAAUAAUUAUAUUUCUAUGCAUAUACCUCUCCACCCCCACAGACAGACAGACAGGCCAGAUACAACAACAUGGUCACCAGAUUCAGAGUUGGCCAGACACAACAACAUGGACACCAGAUUCAGAGUUGGCCAAACAACAACAUGGACACCAGAUUCAGAGUUGGCCAGAUACAACAACAUGGUCACCAGAUUCAGAGUUGGCCAAACACAACAACAUGGUCACCAGAUUCAGAGUUGGCCAGAUACAACAACAUGGAUACCAGAUUCAGAGUUGGCCAAACAACAACAUGGACACCAGAUUCAGAGUUGGACAAACAACAACAUGGAUACCAGAUUCAGAGUUGACCAAACACAACAACAUGGACACCAGAUUCAGUGUUGGCCAAACAACAACAUGGAUACCAGAUUCAGAGUUGGCCAAACACAACAACAUGGUCACCAGAUUCAGUGUUGGCCAAACACAACAACAUGGUCACCAGAUUCAGAGUUGGACAAACAACAACAUGGUCACCAGAUUCAGAGUUGGACAAACAACAACAUGGACACCAGAUUCAGAGUUGGCCAAACACAACAACAUAGUCACCAGAUUCAGAGUUGGCCAAACAACAACAUGGACACCAGAUUCAGAGUUGGCCAAACAACAACAUGGAUACCAGAUUCAGAGUUGGACAAACAACAACAACAUGGAUACCAGAUUCAGAGUUGGCCAGAUACAACAACAUGGAUACCAGAUUCAGAGUUGGCCAAACAACAACAUGGACACCAGAUUCAGAGUUGGCCAAACAACAACAUGGUCACCAGAUUCAGAGUUGGACAAACAACAACAUGGUCACCAGAUUCAGAGUUGGACAAACAACAACAUGGACACCAGAUUCAGAGUUGGCCAAACACAACAACAUGGUCACCAGAUUCAGAGUUGGCCAAACACAACAACAUGGUCACCAGAUUCAGAGUUGGCCAAACAACAACAUGGACACCAGAUUCAGAGUUGGCCAGAUACAACAACAUGGUCACCAGAUUCAGAGUUGGACAAACAACAACAUGGUCACCAGAUUCAGAGUUGGCCAAACAACAACAUGGUUACCAGAUUCAGAGUUGGCCAAACAACAACAUGGACACCAGAUUCAGAGUUGGACAAACAACAACAUGGAUACCAGAUUCAGAGUUGGACAAACAACAACAUGGACACCAGAUUCAGAGUUGGCCAGAUUUGGUCAAAUACAACAACAUGGUCACCAGAUUCAGAGUUGGCCAAACAACAACAUGGACACCAGAUUCAGAGUUGGCCAGAUACAACAACAUGGUCACCAGAUUCAGAGUUGGCCAGAUACAACAACAUGGACACCAGAUUCAGAGUUGGCCAAACAACAACAUGGACACCAGAUUCAGAGUUGGACAAACAACAACAUGGUCACCAGAUUCAGAGUUGGCCAGAUACAACAACAUGGUCACCAGAUUCAGAGUUGGACAAACAACAACAUGGUCACCAGAUCCAGAGUUAGACAAACAACAACAUGGUCACCAGAUCCAGAGUUGGACAAACAACAACAUGGUCACCAGAUUCAGAGUUGGCCAAACAACAACAUGGACACCAGAUCCAGAGUUGACCAAACAUAGUAACAAAUGUAAAUUGUGCUACAGCGGAUUGAAUCGAGCCGUUAGGUACCUCUCUGGUCAUGAAUAGUCAGAACCAGUGAUUCAUACUGAAGAAGAACAGCCAUGUUAUAAACAAACAUCACACUACAGCCCAGAGACCAGACUGAGUGGGCCUGUGAGUGGGAACCAGGAAAUGUAGCUUAUAACAUGAGUGUGACUUAUUUUACACUCUCAAGUAGGCAGACUGCUAGGUCAGAUUAUUUAUUUAGUCAUAAUGAGAUAGCAAUAGAGCGGAAUAGCAUAAUAAAACUUCAUUGUGGUUCACCUUUA